AUGCAAACAAUAAUAGAACAAAAUGAAUUAGUUAAUCAAAUAAAACAAACACCGAUAACAAUUUUUAUAAUAAUCAUUAAUUUGUGUAUUUGGGUAUAUCAUUAUGCAUAUGAUAUCGAUGUAACAAUUAUAUCAUUUCAUUAUAAUGAAAUUAUAAAUAAAAAGCAAUUUUGGAGAAUUAUAUUUUCUAGCUUUUCCCACUUAAAUUUCAUUCAUUUUAUAUUUAAUUCAAUUUCGAUUUGGUCCUCAAAAGAGAUUGAAGUGGUCAAAGGAUCUUAUUAUUACUUUAUAUGUACCAUACUAUUGGUGUUGUUUACAAAUAUAUUAUUUUUAUUGGAACUGUAUAUAUUUAAAAAAGCAAAUGGUAAACAAAACCCUCAAUUAGGCGAAAAUAAUCAUUAUUUAGGUUACUCUUGCAUCGCCUUUGGGUUAAUGGUGGUUAAUAUAAGAUUAAUAUCAUUAAAUGGUAAUGAAAUUAUUAGUUUUUUACCAUUUUUAUCAUUACUAUAUUCAUCUAUUAUAAUAAAGAGCUCUUCAAUUAUUGGUCAUCUAAAUGGAAUUACUGUGGACAAAAAUGACAGCGAAUCAUAA